AUGGUUACUUAUAAGAUAAGAGUCUUCUUGACCAAUCAUCGGUCGUAUGUUCGAUCAUCGCUUAUCUUCCCGCCAAACACGAGUGAUCUUUUCAGUAAAACGAUCAUCUGUUCUGAGAGCAUCAAUUAUUAUAAUUCUUCGAUCAAGUGAAAAAUUUUUGCAGGAUGUGGAUGAUAUUUGCAAGUGGCUUUUUAGCUAUUGCAUUAACAAAUGCGGAUAAUGAAGCACAUAAGGCUUUCGAUGCAACAAAUGCGAUUCCUCCAGAUGUGAUUCCUGACUUCGAUGGAAAGAUUCCAACGGCAAAAAAACUUCUUGAAAUGCUUGAUUCGAUGAGUGGAUUAUCAGAUGAAGAAAAAUCGAGUCUUAGAAAGAAUCUAUUAAAAAAUCUUCAAGAUCAUGUUCCUGAGAUGAUGCCUGGCAAUGAUUUGACUAUGCAAACUAUAAUUCUUUUAUCCUUAUUGGGCAUUGUUGCUCUCAUCUUUGUUUUCUUCGUUUACAAAUUGUUCAAAUGCUUAUCGGACAGACAAACAAAACGAGAAGAAAAGAAGAAGAAUAAACAAAUGAAGAAGAAAAAGUAAUGCAACUGAUACAAAAAUAAGAAUAUGCAAUAUGUUAUAAAUCAAUAUGAUAUAUUAUGUUGUUACGCGAAUAAUCUUGUUGUAUUUUAUGUGAAAAAUAAUUUAUAAUUUACAAAAUACUCUAUUUUGUUAAAUAAAAUAGUAUAUUUAUAAAUUAUAAAA